AUGUCUGAAAAAGCGCCAACAGUUGCGGUCCUUGGACUUGGGGCCCUGGGCCUUGUGUCAAUGAAGAAUAUGCUUGAGGAAGGGUUCAAUGUAACUGGAUUUGACCGAAAUUCAUACGUUGGCGGCCUGUGGCACUACAACGAAGAGAAUGAGAACAUCUCAGUGUUGCCAAGCACAGUGACAAAUGGAUCCAAACAUCGUGGGUCAUUCACUGAUUUCCCUUUUCCUGAUGAUACGCCUGAUUUCCCAACAUCAAGCCAUAUGGCCAAAUAUCUUACCUCUUACGCUGAGCAUUUCCAAUUAAUGCCACAUGUCCGGCUUGGCACAACUAUCCACCGUGCGUGGUGGGAUGAGCUGAAGCGCAAGUGGGAAAUCGAAUUCUCCCCAGUUGGAAACGAAGACCAGAAAACAGUGCAGGAAUUUGACAAAAUAAUUCAUGCCUUGGGUCCUGAUCAAGUACCCAAUAUCCCCCAAGUAGCAGGAAUCGAGAAAUUCGCAGGCGAUGUUUCCCAUUCUGUCACUUUUAAGAGUGCCGAUGCCUAUUUUGGCAAGCGAGUACUGGUUGUCGGUUUUGGGAAUACCUCGGCCGAUGUUACGGGCCUUUUGGCGGGUGUAGCAGAACAGGUGUAUGUAUCACACCGUCACGGAGCCAUAGUAUUGCCACGGUGGGUAGAUGGCAAGCCAGUCGAUCACGUCCGCACCUAUCGCAAGGGAUGGAUUCUGGGUAUGAUGUCCCGCUACACCCCUGGUAUUUGGAAGAAGGUAAUGGACAGCGUUAUUGUCGGCCUGCGUAAUCGACUGUACGACUUGAAGCCAGAGUGGCAGCUUGACCCUGCACCGUCGUUCAGCCAGCAACGGCCGAUCAUCAGUGACAAUCUGAUUGACAAUCUGGCUAGUGGCCGGGUCAUCUCCUUGCCAUCUAUUCGUCAUGUCCGUGACGGUAAGGCCAUUGAGAUGACCGAUGGCACUGUGAUUGAGGUGGACUCCAUCAUCUGGUGUACUGGAUACACCGUCGACUAUUCACUGCUUGGGAAAAGUGACCCGACUAUCUAUGACCAAAAGGACGCGUGCGAGAUGGCAAACGGCCGGAAGAUGCCCCGACUUUACCAGAACGUUAUCUCGCUCCAGCAUCCCGAGUCGCUCGCUUUCAUGGGCAACCUGUCGUUCAUGAACCCGGCAUUCCUGAUGUUUGACCUGGCCAGCAUGGCACUUGCACAGCUCUGGAAGGGGACCUCUCGACUCCCCUCCAAGGCGGAAAUGAACCGCCAGGUAGACGAGCAGUUCAAGUGGAUUGCCAACCUCUCUAACAACUCGCGAGUAACACCCGGCCUAACUAAAGGCGUUGACUGGCUGGAAUGGGUGGAUGAAGCGGCCGGGCUCGGUAUGGGAGCGAACUUGGGGUAUGGCUGGCAGGGCUGGGGUUUCUGGCUCACGGACCGGGAAUUGUGCAAUAUGGUCAUGGACGGGCUUUUACUGCCGUUCCAUUACCGACUCUUUAAUGCAGGCAAGCGGAAGCCGUGGGUCGGCGCUCGGGAGAAUAUUGUAAAGAUGAACAGGGAACUUCGGGCUAAGAAUUGGUACCCGUAG